AUGCUCGGACGACGGAGAUUUCGAGGACAAUCGCUCAAACGGAGAAAUCCAAACGAACCGAGACCCACGAGAGCGCAUGUCUGGCGCGAUGGACAGAAGAAAGUGAUUGACUGGCAAAAGGCAAGGUCAAUUUGGCACAAGAAUCCGUACCAAGGGGUGGUAUACUCGUCGUGUCUCUUCACCUCAAUUGAGUGUGAAGACGAAACGGAGUUACUGGCACUUGUGACGUCUCGUUCAUACCCAAAUUUCAGGACGUCUGCUGACCGACAGAAAGGAGCCGGAUGCAAUUCGGCCUCCUGUGGCGGUUGUUAA